CGUCAUCAACACCGUACAGCUAACUGCAGCUUAUGCUCCGACGCAGCAACCGCAUCGCCGCAUGUGACGGGCGGGCAGCAGCAGCAGAACAGCAGCUACCUCUGCCCCACCCCUCUGAGAUGGACAACCCCAUGGUGGACAAUGCCGCAUCCGGCAGUCCACGCGAGGCAUGCAGCUCGAACCCCCCGGCCCCACAGGCCCAGCAGGAGGGUUCCACUGCAACUUCUAUGGGAACCCUCGACGCUGCACCAGUCCAGCAGCAAGGAGAGACCAUGACGGCCUUCCUGGCCCGCCUGGGCACUUACAUGCAACAAGUCCAAGAGGAACAGCAACAUGAGGCGGCAGCCGAAGAGGCACGUCUCAAUGCCAUUGCACACGCAGAAGAGCAACGACGCCGGCAGCAAGCGGACGCAGCUGCCAAUCAUAACAAAGCUCGACGAGAUGCCGCAUCUGUCCUCAUGCAGCAGGAAGCCGCUCAUAUCGCCACACUCCAAGCUUGGAAUGUUGAUCCGGCGGCAGUUACGGAACCAACUACGGAGGAACAGACCAAGUCAGCCCUCGCCAACAUGAUGUACCAAGUCAUCCUCACUUGUAAUUGGCAACAAGUGGAGCUGGCUCGACAGGCGUGUACCAUUACGGAGUAUGAGGAGACUCUCAAGAGCCUCCACGCCCGCCUUGACAUGGUGGAGAAGGAUGACGUGUCGCACAGGCACACGACAUCAUCAAGCAUUGAUCCACCGAUCCGCGAGCUGGAAGAACGACUGGAUCGUCUAGUCGCAUUUGUCGGAAAUUUGAACAGCGUCGAAGUCUCUAAGCUUCACACCAAGAUCACUUGGGAGGCCAUGACUGAGAAGUGGCGGAAACGCUUCAUCGUCGACGACGCUCAGGGCAAAGGCGUGAACCAGAUUUUCAGCAUGCAUCAAGGCAGCCAGCCAACACGCGAAUGGCUAACCGAGUGGCAGAAAAUCGUGACGAUUUCGAAUUUGGACAUACCGUUCGUUCAUCUUCGUCGUGAAUUCUUCCUGCGGUCGGUUGACGCGUUGAGCACGACCCUUGGGGAGCGCAGCUUGUACACGGACUUUGACCAGAUCGUGGAGAAGGCGCGCGAAGUCAUCCAAACCAAUCGGUGGGCAGCCAACGAGCGGCGAAGCCAACCGAAUUUUGUGGAAAAGGGCAGAGGCCCGCGGCCGCAGCAAGUCGCUGCUGUCCAAGGAAAUGGACAAGAGAACGUCCAGGCGAUGACUCACGAGUCUAGUGAAGGAGACAGAGUCAAUGCCCUUCCGCCACGACGCAACAACAACAACAACAACAAGAAGGCGAAAUUUGCGUCAACAACGGAAGCCGGACAGCCGAACGAGCCAUGGAAGAAGUUCAGCCUCACGGAGGAACAAUACAAACUCCACCAGAGGCAAAGAAGACGUUCGUCCACGGCAAAGCUCGGGAAACUUCGCUCCGCGGGAAGUGAGGCGACUCCACUUCCCACUCCGCCGGACACGGUUGCCUUGCAAACAACCUCCUCCACGUCUGGGGAACAUGCGUAUGUCGCCAGUCUUCGCGAAGAGUAUGAAGACUAUGCUGUCCAAGUGGUCCCGCCGUUGGACCAACCUCUCCACGUGCAAGACUCAUUUGCGUGUGCGACUUCAUCACCAUCGCCAAGUGAACCAGCAUCCUCGCCAACAUCACUCGGGGACUCGUCCGUGUGGUCUAGACUUGAGGAACUCGACCCAUUGACACCGGAGGACUUCCAAUGGUUGCCUCUUCCCCCAUCUGGUUCCUUGCCGAAGUCGCAUUGCAACGCCUUAAUGGCGGAGCUACACAACUACUUGCACGAUGCAGUACCAACUCCGUUGAUGGAAGACGGAGUAGCGGUUGUUGACCUUCACGAGUACAUUGCGAAGAUUGACCGCGAGUACGCCACGCAACGGUACGACGACACCGAUGCACCGUUACUCUACGUCCGCAUUCAGAUCGGGAAGGCAACCUGCAGCGCCUUGAUUGAUUGUGGAGCUACUCACAACUACAUCAGCCAGGAUUUCAUGACCCGCGCCGACCUUGGGCCGCGAGUUAGAAGGAAAUCGCAGCCUACGCAGGUCACGUUGACCGACGGUCGUACGCACAAGUCCAUCGACCGGUGCAUUGACUCCGUCCCCGUGUACUUCGCCCCGCUUGCACGUGAGGCCGUGUCCUUUGACAUAUUGGACACAAAGUUCGACAUGAUAUUGGGCAUGUCAUGGUUGCGCAAGGAGGACCACCCGGUGAACUUCUACCACCGCACCGUUCACGUUCGUGACCGGAACGGAGUACUUGUGCCAUGUACAGUCCCCCCACCUCAUCCUUCGAUUGGUUGUCACGUGGUCUCCGAGGCGAGCAUUCGCAACUCCAUCGCACGGAACGACGUGGAGGAAAUGGGCAUUUGUUUCUUGCACGCCCUCCCUCCCCCCGACGAGCCAGCGGUGGAACAGCCACCGGAUCCACGCAUUGUACAACUUAUUGACUCCUAUGGCGACGUCUUUGAAGCCCCCGGCGGAAUCGUACCAAAUCGGCCAAUUCGUCACGAGAUCAUCCUCGAAGACAGGGCCGUACCUCCGCGCGGAUGUAUUUACCGCAUGAGCAAGGAGGAACUCGAAGUGCUUCGAACGCAACUGGAUGACAAGGGCUGGAUUCGCACUAGCUGCUCGCCCUACGGUGCACCUGUUCUCUUCGUUCGGAAGAAGAACAAGGAGCUGCGCUUAUGCAUUGACUAUCACAAGCUUAAUGCUCAAACCAUUAAGAAUGUCAGCCCGCUUCCACGCAUCGACGAUCUUCUCAAACGUUUGGGCGGCGCCAAGUAUUUCUCCAAGUUGGACCUCAAAUCCGGUUACCACCAGCUCGAGAUCCAUCCAAGAGAUAGGUACAAAACUGCGUUCAAGACACGGUACGGGCACUUCGAGUGGGUCGUAAUGCCAUUUGGCCUCACGAAUGCCCCGGCCUCCUUCCAAGCGGCAAUGACAACGGAGUUUCGCGACAUGUUGGACCGGUUCGUGCUCAUCUACCUCGAUGACAUCUUGGUGUAUAGCCGAACUUUGGACGAGCACAUCGUGCAUCUACGUGCUGUUUUGGACAGGCUUCGCAUCCGCCUGCUUGCGGACAAGAUCAAGGUCAUUCAGGAUUGGUCGGAACCGACCAACACCACGGAGGUUCGCUCUUUCAUGGGAUUGGCCGGGUACUACCAAAGCUUCAUCGGAGGAUACGCAUGGAUCGCCGCACCUUUGUCCAGAUUGCAGUCUCCACAGGUGCCCUUCCACUUCACCGAUGAAGUCCGCAGUUCAUUCCACAAAUUGAAGACGGCGCUGCUCCUCGCCCCCGUCUUGAGUAUCUACGAUCCCACCUCGCCUACGAGAGUGACUACGGACGCUUCGGGCUACGGCAUGGGUGCAGUUUUGGAACAACACGACGGAGUAGAUUGGCAUCUGGUUGAGUACUUCAGCCAAAAGGUGCCUCCCAUCAACUCGGUUGAUGAUGCGCGGAAGAAGGAGUUGUUCGCGUUCGUCACGGUACUCAAGCGUUGGCGACACUUCCUCCUCGGGCAUCGUAGGUUCACUUGGGUGACGAAUAAUAACACAUUGACCUACUACAAGACGCAAGACACGGUGAGCAGCACGAUUGCUCGGUGGAUGUACUUCAUCGAUCAGUUCGACUUCAUACCGAAACACAUUCCGGGACUCUCCAACCGAGUCGCGGAUGCUCUCUCGCGAAGAUCAGAUCUUUGCACAGUGACUCACCACGCGUUCAGUUUCGACGAAGCUCUACAUCAGCAUUUUGUGCGAGCAUACAAGUCCAAUUCGGAAUACGGCACGCUCUACGAGCAACUAUCCUCGGAUCACCCGCCGGCUAGCCAUUAUCGCAUCGUCGAUGGCUACCUGCUGCUUCACUCACGAGGCAAGGACUUACUACGCGUCCCACACGACCGUCGCUUACGGACUCGUCUCCUCGGCGAGUACCAUGACUCGAGACUCGCCAGCCACCUCGGAGUCAACCGUAUGAUCGCAAGACUUCGGCAGCGAUUCCGGUGGCCUGACCUCAUUACCGACGUCACUCGGUAUUGCGACUCUUGUGAAGUUUGUCGAAGAAGCAAACCCCGCAAUCGCAACCCGUACGGUGAGUUACGCCCGUUGCCGAUUCCACGGGCACCCGACCUCUCCAUUGCUAUGGACUUCACUAGGCCGUUCCCCCGGGACCGCUUCGGGCACGACGACAUUCUCACGGUCGUUGACCGUUUGAGCAAGAACGCACGAUUUCUUCCCUGCGAGUACCACGCCACGGCUCUGGAACUUGCACGCCUCUUACACACCGGCUGGAUUUGUGGCCACGGCGUUCCAGAAGACAUCGUCAGCGACCGCGACACUCAGUUCAUGUCGGCAUUUUGGACCUCUCUCAUGAAAGAGUCUGACACCGACAUGAAACCAAGUUCGGCUCGGCAUCCGCAAACGGACGGGCAGACGGAGCGGGCACAUCAAACCGCUCAAGUCAUGCUUCGCACACUCAUCCGUACGGAUCAGAAGGAUUGGGUGGACCGCCUCCCCGACAUCGAGUUGGCCUACAACACUUCGGUGCACUCGGCGAUCGGCGUGACUCCGUUCGAGUUACACCACGGUGGUCGGAAAGGCCGUAUCUGUGCUGAUCUUCCUUUUCCAAGGACUGCCGACAUUGACGCCGCUUGUUCGCCCGCCUCCGUUCGGAAGUAUAGGGACUUGCUGGCUAAAGCCCGCGCCAACAUGCAAAAGGCUCAAGUCCGCAUGCAACAGCAAGCUAACAGGCGUUGCGUGACAUGCCCCAUCCGCGCCAGCGACCUUGUUUGGGUCUCCACGAAAGAGUUUGCCCUCGAGCAGGAUGUAUCCCGCAAGCUACUUCUAAAGUGGUUUGGACCAUGGUCCGUCACAUCAGCUGCGGGUGAUGAUUCCGAUGACCCUUCAUUUGUGAUCGAAAUCCCGUCGCACCUCACGGUCCUGAUGGUGGAAUUUGGCGGCGACUUUGCGGACACUGUUAGUCUUGCGUGGUGGCAGUGGCUGCUAUGCUUGGGAAUAGCGGUAUUUGGGAUGCCAGUGUCAGCGUUGGUGAAGUUGCUUCCAGUUGGAAAACAUCCCUAUUUCACAAAGAAGAAGGUUGAGGAUGAUGACACCAACAAAGCGCAACAGAGUACUUCACCCCAGAAGACUGAAACUGAACCACGGAGGAAGAAUAGCAAUUGGGAGCAGACCAGAGAGGAGGAACAAAAUGCAGUCCCAGCUGCUCAAGACCAGUCCCCCACGAUGGACCCGAUUGGGACAAGCGAACCGAUGAUGCAGAAGGUAGGGAAAUGGGGUAGAGCUCUGGCUUCUAUCCGGGACCACCAACCACCUCAGCAGACUCUGGGCCUGUUGGGGACUGCGAUAGCGCAGGAGGAGGUACCUUUAAUAAGCGGAUCGGCGUCAAAGCUCGACGAGACGCCAAAUGCGUCACAGCAGGUUGCACAUAACAAGCGAGCAAGGGUAUCGUUCGAAGGGGAUGUGUCGAAGAAUGAAGGCUCCAGUGAAACAGACAAACUGGGAGGAGAGACGGUACCUGCCGAGUCCACACCUGCUGUGGACCGGAUUAGGAAGAUGCUGGAGGCCUGCUACCUAAAUGGAAUGCUACCGGACACGUCGGAAUUUGUGCAGAUGAGUAGACAGGACAGAAAGGGGAAGUUGAAGGCUACAGGUCUGAUGGAUACGGUGCAUGUCGAAUGGCUGAGACAGUACGCGGUCAUGAUUGUUUUUCGCUGCGAAACGGGGCACAACAACUGUAUACCGAACAACGUAAAGCAGCAGUUGGUGAGGAAUUUCGAGGACGGUUGGAUUCCUGCCAACUUCCAGACGUUGGGUAGAGGAUGGAUUCACUUAGAAGGGGACAAUGUCAUGUCGUAUGUCGCAAAAGACAAGGAGAUAGCAGCAUGGAUGCUGCAACAUGGUGCGGAGUCGUUGAAGCUUGGAGGGGAGGUGUACACCCUCCUCUUCAGGCCCUGGAUGACAAAGAAAGAGGUCGAGCAGAUGAAGGAAAAAGAGAGAGAAUCUGAGUGUUGGAUCAUCGUCCUCAGAGUACCAUUACAUGCGAUGGCACACGUCAAAACGCUUGUAGAAUUUACAAUGGGGAAGAUCGUGAAGGCUUACCCUCCAAUCAGAGAUGCACACGAUCCUACACUCGUUAACCUGAAGUUUGACAUGAGUCCGGAAGAUAGGCCGCAGUUUCUGGAUCUGCUCGAGUUUGAGCUAGAAGGAAGCGUACUUGCAUCUCAGGUGGUGAAUGACAAAACAGGGUGGUGUAAAGUGCCGUGCGGAGCCCCAGCUAUGGCGCCAGGUAAGUUCGCCGAUACAGGGCUCUCCUAUUUCUUGUGUACCAAUGAGGGCUUGGUUGGUGCUUUCUUGCUGGUAGAGCCUGUGGUGCACUUAUGGUCGGAGUUGUACGUUUUGGCAGCAGACAGUUAUUCUGUGACUCUGGGAGUGUAUUUCGUCUGACGAACCGUGCUGUUGUUUAAUAAGCGUAAAGCUUGUGGGUGGCAGGUACCCACCAGCCCCUCGACAAGCACUUCAACAUCGUAGCUAAAUCCCCAUCCCAUGAUUCACUGAUUUUGCAAUGCCCCGUAACAAACGUUCUUAGUUCAUCUAAAGAAUGCAGCGAUUUUUUUUUUAUUAUUAUUAUUUUUUUUAAUGCAACGAGUUUUGAUUACAUGCUCCAUGUCCAUUCUUCAUUGCAACAAAGUGCUUUGAACCUC